UGUGACUCAUAAGACCUCCACGCCACAAGCAGAUCUGAAUCGCCAUGGGCGGGUCAGAGCUGGCGGACCUGUCCAGCAGCGGCGCCACGCCGAGCGAGCUGGCCGCCAUGCCGGGCUUGGCCUCCAGAGUGGCAGAGAGGGGCUACCAGAGACCGACCACCAAGAUCAAGACCUUCAGAGAGAUGGUCUGCGGAGACGAGGGGGAUGACUUUGUGUGCGGGUACCCCAUGUACAUGGACCGGAAGACAGAGGAGCCCUUCGUUCUGGAGCUCUACCGCGCCAAAAAUCAGGCGGCGAAGGAUUUGAUCACGCAGCGGCUGCGCCACAAUGCGCUGACCAUCGUCAGGCACAUGAUCCGCGAGAAGGCCAAACCCAACAAGAUGCACUACCCGCUGCCGGUGGAGGCCGUCGCGCCUCUGCCCAUGGAUCCGAUUGGCAGACACCGAGCGAGACGAUGGCGCUGGAGCUACUUCUUGUGAG